CCAGCUUGCUCGCGGUGCAUGCGGCCCCCGCGGGCGCCCGGCCCCGGAACUCAGCGCGGCACCUGAGCGCGGGCGCGGCGGGGCGAUGGGGACGCUGCAGUCCAAGCACGCCGCCGCCGCCCGCAAGCAGAGGGAGAGCCCAGAAGGGGACAGCUUCGUGGCGUCCGCGAGCGGCCGCAAAGGCGCGGAGGAAGCGGAGCGACGCGCGCGGGACAAGCAGGAGCUGCCCAAUGGGGACCCCAAGGAGGGGCCUUUCCGGGAGGACCAGUGUCUGCUAGAGGUGGCACUGCCCCCCGAGAAAGCUGAGGGCCGAGAGCUCAUGGGACAGCUCCUCAGCGCGGAUGACGGGGAGAAAGCAGCAAACCGAGAGGGCCCUCGAGGCCCAGGCGGGCAGUGCCUCAACAUUGACGCACUCCAGUGUGAUGUCUCGGUGGAGGAGGACCGUCAGGAGUGGACGUUCACACUGUACGACUUUGACAACAGCGGGAAGGUCACCAGGGAGGACAUGUCCAGCCUCAUGCACACCAUCUAUGAGGUCGUGGGUGCCUCAGUCAGCCACUCCUCGGGCAGCAGCAAGACCCUCCGUGUGAAGCUGACCGUCAGCCCGGAGCCCUCCAGCAAGAGGAAGGAGGAUCCUCCCGCCGGCCAGGACCGGAUGCCCACCCACAGCAGGAAGGAGGGCGAGCUGGUAGAGGAGCCAAGGGUGGCCGACAGGAGGUUGUCUGCACACGUCAGGAGGCCCAGCGCCGACCCCCAGCCCUGCUCAGAGCGGGGGCCCUACGGCGUGGACGAGAACACAGAGCGCAGGAACCACUACCUGGACCUCGCUGGGAUCGAGAACUACACUUCCAGAUUCGGCCCUGGGUCCCCUCCUGUGCAGGCCAAGCAGGAGCCCCAGGCCAGGGCCUCACACUUCCAGGGCCGGUCCCGCUCCCAGGAGCCGGACACACACACCGCAUACCAUCGCAGGUCACAGGUGCUGGUGGAACACGCCGUGCCAGCCUCGGAGCCUGCUGCCAGGGCCCUGGACGUGCAGCCCCGGCUGAAGGGGCCAGAGAAGCAGUUCCUCAAGUCCCCCAAGGGCUCCGGGAAGCCAGCCGGGGUGCCAGGCGGCAGCCAGUCCGGGAAAGCCUUCAGCUACUACCUGCCGGCUGCCCUGCACCCCCAGGCCCCUCAGGAUGGCCACCACCCCCCGCAGCCUCCCCCGCCGCCCUAUGGCCACAAGCGGUCCCGGCAAAAGGGCAGGGAGGGCCACUCGCCACUCAAGGCCCCACACGCCCAGCCUGCCGCGGUGGAGCAGGAGGUGGGGCAGGACCUGCCGCCCACGCCAGCGGGAGAGCGCUUCGUGGUGCCAGUGAUCCACCACCACGAGCACCACCACCACCACGAGCACCACCACCACCACCACCACCACCACCACGUCCACCCGUCCUAGCGCCGCCGCUGGCACGCCUCACUCCCAGCGCAGCAUGGCCCACGCGCCCUCGGCAGGGAAGCAGAGCAGGUGCCCGCUGUGUGCCCGAGGGGAGCCUGGUUCCCCCCACGUCCAACAGCGAACAGCAACCUACUGCAGGUGCCCGCGUGGUGGAGGUGGCACAGCUUGGUCACGCGGCCCAGGUGCCCUCUGCUCUCUUGCCCUCAAUGCCGCGUGGCGGCGAACAUGUCUGAGGCCGCUGUGUUUCCCAGCUCUAAAGCUUGUCUGUGUAACCCAUAAAACCUGCAUGUGAGCGUGGAAGACACA